AUGAAGCGGGAAGACCCAAGGUUGUUGGGCAUCAUCCCCCGUUGUAUGUCGACCAAGCGACACGCUUUAUCGUGUAGGAUCUUCUUCGAAAUUCACACCAAACAAGACCAACUCCCCGACGGCUUCUACUCUUCCCAGUUCUACGUCGAUAACCUCCUCAGAUACUUUCACGAACAAGACCGCGACAAGCACAAAGACCUCUACGACGCCGGACCAGCCGUCCUUCGCCUUCAGCUCUUGGAGAACCUGAAAAAGCUCGGCUUGAUUCCCAGGGACGUCGACCCAGUUGAGGUAGUGGCCAAUGGGGCGAAGAACUGGGAAGAGAUGAGCGUCUGGGAGAAGAAGAUGAGUAGUCGCGCGAUGGAGGUGUAUGCCGGUAUGGUGCAUGCGAUGGAUAGGGAGAUUGGAAAGGUUGUCGAUUACUUGGAGAAGAACGGGGAGCUGGAUAAUACUGUGGUGAUCUUCAUGUCGGAUAAUGGGGCUGAAGGUGCUGCUCUAGGCUACGCCGACCAUGGGCCCGAGGCUGCUGGAAACAAUCGAGAGUACUAUGACAAUAGCUACGAGAAUCUCGGCAACCACAACUCUUUCAUCUGGUACGGUCCCCAAUGGGCCCAAGCUAGUACGGCUCCGAAUCGACUAAUGAAAGCAUUUUCCACCGAAGGCGGGAUCAGGGUACCUAUGCUCAUUCGAUACCCGGGCUUCAAUCAACUUCCUCUAGGUUCCGUCUCCACCGCAUUCACCACCUGCAUGGACCUUAUGCCCACUUUCCUCGAGCUCGCGGGCGCUCAACAUCCCAACCAUUCACCCACCUCCCCCACCGAGCGCGUCCCUUACAGAGGACAUCAAGUUUACCCUAUGCGCGGCAAAUCGUGGGUUCCAUACCUGCGUGAUGGUUACACAUCCAUUGGCAAAGAUGGCGACGAAAAUGAAGCUGUCCACGGAGAGAACGAUCAUCCCGUCGGUUGGGAACUGCACGCCCGCGCGGCUCUACGCAAAGGCAGAUGGAAGAUUGUCAAUCAACCUUUAGGCGAGCACGGUACGGGUGGAUGGGAGCUGUACGAUCUCUCUACCGACAGAGGGGAGAAGCACGAUCUAGCUCAAAAAUUGCCUGACAAGUUGAAAGAGCUGGUAGCGGAUUGGGGACGGUAUGAAGAAGAGACGGGGACAGUGUUUGGGCCGCCAAUUAAACAUGCUAGGGGGCAUGGGGAGCCUAUACAAAAAGAGCAUGUAUCAGGGGAUGUAGUGCAGGAUAAAAAAGCUUGGAUGAGGGUUGGGCACGGGAGGAAGCUGGGGCAUGAGGCCUGA